AUGGGUGAAAGUCGUGAAAUUUUAUACGAUGUUUGCGUGAUUGGUGCUGGAGUUGCGGGUCUCAAAGCUGCACAAGAGCUGGAGAAGUUUGGUGUCAAUUAUGUGGUACUGGAGGGAAGAAACCGUACUGGAGGCAGGAUCCACACUGAUAGAACCGGACUCGUUCCAUACGAUAUGGGCGGUUCUUGGUUUCACGAUACUCUUACCAACCCGUUUUUUGAUGAGGUCAGAUCACGAGCUCAGGAUUUUGACCUUUUCUACGACGAUGGAAAACCCGUUUAUUUAAACGAAUCCGGUGUGGAUCUGGAGCACGAGAAAGUUCCCCAGGUUGUCAAGGAAAUGGAGAAGUACGUAGAGCUGCGGUACUUCGAAAGCAUUGAGGUGGAAGAUAUUUCUCUCAAAGAAGCGACCGAGGAAUAUACGAGAAAACAGGCGUCGCUUCUUUCUGAGGCCCAGGCAAAAUUUGCUCCUGCUAUGCUCAGACAGCUUGAGCUGUGGCAUGGUGUAUCAUGGGAUCAAAUGAGCAGUAAAUAUGCACUGGUGGAUAAUGUUGGGAGAAAUUGUUUGGUUCGAGGAGGAUACGAUAAAGUGAUCGGAACGAUAGAGGCUGAGAUUCCGGUGAAAAGGAUCAUUUUGAAUCAAACGGUGAACUACGUGCGGCGCAAUGGAGAGUACAUGGUCAUUAAAACGAGUGAGAGAGAAUAUCGGGCCAAAUUUGUCAUUGUGACAAUUCCUCAGAGUGUAUUACAGUCUAAUGAUGACACUUUGGGUUCCAUCAAAUGGGAGCCAGAACUCCCGGGUGAUUUUCGCGAAUCCCUCUCCCGCAUGUCAUUCGGCUCUCUGGGCAAAUUUGUAUUUGAGUUUGAGCAUCUAUUCUGGAGUCCAGAGUACGGAGAUCGCUUCGUGACAAUUCCAACACCAGGAGAAGCCAAUCACACGUGCUGGGACCACCCCGUUCUGAUGUUGAACAUGUUUUCUAUUUCGGGAGUUGCAUCUGUUCUGUGUUUCACCCAAGGCGAUAUCACCAGGAACUUGGAGGCAAGGCCAGAUGAGGCUUGGGAAUAUUUCAAACCGAUAUUUGAAAAAUUGAAGGUCUCUGACUAUGGCGACUUGCCAGAGCCCAAACGAUGCAUUUCUUCAACAUGGACAUUGGACCCUCUCUCCAGGGGCUCGUAUGCAGCAUGCGAACCAGGUGACGAUCCCGUUGAAGUGGCCAUUACUCUGAGCCAAGGCUUGGGGAAUCUUCGUUUUGCUGGGGAACACACCAUUCUUGACGGAGCCGGUGCUGUGCAUGGCGCUUGGUUAAGCGGGAAGCGUGAGGCAGUGUAUAUUCUGCAAGAGAUGGGGUUGAUGGAGAGGAAAGAAGACCAUUGGCAGUGA